AGAGGAGAGGAGAGGGCGUGGAUCACCCUGGAGCACUCGACAGCGCUGGCCAAUGACGAGGUCUUGGUGAAGGUGCUAAACGAACAGCCCCUCCCACCAGCUCUCACCUGCACUCCCUCCCGGCCUCUGCCUCAGUCCGAUGGCUAAACAGGAUUUGAACGACCUCCCUCCUCCUUACUACUCUGUGGUGUUGCACACACAGCCUCCCCUCCAGCCUUAUGAGACAGUAUUGCAUGGGGGGGUUCCCGGUGCCCACCCCCCCCCCCCCCAGCAGAUACACUACAUCCCCCAGUACGCCCCCCCGGUGGCAGCCCCCAUCGUCACCCAGCCCGCCCCCCCCAGGAAGACGUCUUGCUGUGGGGGUGUGAGCCGGGCCCUGGGGGGCUCCGGGGGGACUGUUCUGCUGCUCCUCCUCCUGGCUCUCUCCAUCUGGCUGGGAGUGCGGUAUGGGACCCGGGGCCACUCCUCCUCCUCUUCCUCGCUGUACGGCUAUGAGGACGGUGAGGCGGCGCCCUUCAGCUCGAUGAGGCAGGACACCUGCCCCAACAGCACGGUGCUGUGUGACGGAGAGGUGGACUGCAACCUGGGCACGGACGAGAUGGACUGCGUACGGUUUGCUGACGGGGACCGUCUGCAGGUCCGCACCGCCCAGGAUGGCCGCUUCCUGCCCGUGUGCCACGCGGGCUGGGACCGGGCCCACGCCGACCACACCUGCGCUCUGCUGGGCUUCAGAAGGUCUUUUAGCAGCAAGGCAGUCAGCCUGCAGCCGUCCGAUGCCCUAACUUUGAAUGGCACAUCAUCUCAGACUAUUCAGGGUCAGGUGAAUGUCAGCGCCUCGUGUCCGGACAAGGCUGCUGUCUCCCUCCAGUGUGUCGAGUGCGGUCUGCAGCGCUCCAGCUCCAGGAUCAUCGGGGGCACUGCGGCCCGCGAGGGCCAGUGGCCGUGGCAGGUGUCCCUCCACUUCCGGGGAAAGCACACCUGCGGAGGCGUCCUGAUCGCCCCGGACUUUGUGCUGACGGCAGCCCACUGCUUCCCCAGCUCCCUGUCCGCCUCACGGGUCACCAGUAACUGGCGUGUGUAUGCCGGGGUUCUGUCCCAGAAGGCUCUGCCCCGGCCCUACCAGGUGGACAAGAUCCUCCUCAACGAGAACUACAACAACCAGACCAACGACCAGGACAUCGCCCUACUGCGGCUCAGCCUGCAGGUGGACUUCAGCGCUGAUAAGGUCACCCCGGCCUGCCUGCCCGGGUUCGACCAGCAGUUUGAGGACGGGCUGCAGUGCUGGACGACUGGCUUCGGCACCACUGAGGAAGGGGCUGGGCUGAGCUCUACACCAAGACCUCUGAAGAAUCACCCCUACUGGCUGCUGCAUGGACCCUGAAACCAGGACCUCACUCCUCCCCUGCCUCACUCCCCCCCUACCUCACUCCCCC